UACUGGCUGAAGGAGUAUAGUCAAUGGCAGCAGACCCAUAAUCAUUUCAAGCUUAAAGAGCAUAACCUACCACCAGUAUUGACUUCUGAAAAACCAGAACCUUCGCUCAAUAUACCUAUGAAAGGCAAUGAGUCAAGUGAAGUUAGGCAGCUCUUGGUUUUGUCUCAACCUCAGGACCAGCAGCAACCUCCCAUAGAAACGCAACACCAAUGGAUGUUAAGGAAUGGUUUACCUAGCUGCUGUGCGAAUGAGGGUGGAGUACAUUGUGGGAGCCAACAACCUUCCUUACACCAGCAUCUACAUCAAGACCCUGAAUGGCAGCAUUGUUGUGACCAUUUUAGCACCCUAAAAUGCCAUCAGUCUUCUCUUUACCCAUCCAGCAGCCCACAAGUGAAUAAUUCAUCUGCGGCUACUAGCAACAAAAGCAGUGUUCACUCCUCUUCCGGUUGCCAUCGGUGGCCUGAGAACCAUAGUCUAGUGGGGAAAAGGCAACGACAAAGAGAGCAGAAGGUACAUCCUCAUACCAAAAAGGUUGGCCAUGUUGGAUCGAUGCCUUCCCUGUCCAAGAGCAGUGGCCCACUCCUUCCCGACACAGUUGUGACCAGCGCUAAAUACAGUGGGGAUGUUGGAAGACCCCCGAGCAGCCUUGGAGCUUCGCCACCAAACCUUUCAGAGCUGGACUCAGAGAGACAAGAGCCCCUUCAGACACUCCAAAGGUCUGUCUUGGAGGAGGUGUUCUCGAAAGGCUUCAGCGAGAACAACAGUAAGGCCAACAGUGAAGGAGGAAGCAACACGCCACAGAAGAGGACCAAGGACAUUGGCUAUAGAUUGAGCCAGCGUAAGGCACUCUUUGGAAAGCGCAAACAGUUGAGCGACUAUGCCUUGAUCUUUGGGAUGCUUGGGAUCGUCAUCAUGGUGAUGGAGACGGAAUUGUCCUGGGGGGUUUACACGAAGGAAUCCUCAUACUCAUUCUCUCUGAAAUGCCUUAUCAGCCUUUCAACUGCUAUAUUGCUUGGACUAAUCGUGAUGUACCAUGCACGGGAAAUACAGCUCUUCAUGGUGGAUAAUGCAGCUGAUGACUGGAGGAUUGCCAUGACUUAUGAGCGGAUCUUCCUAGUUCUGCUGGAGCUGCUGGUCUGUGCCAUCCACCCCAUCCCGGGCCAGUAUGUCUUCACCUGGACGGCCCGGCUGGCCUUCACCUACAUGCCCUCAGUAACUGAUGCCGACGUGGACAUCGUCCUCUCCAUCCCCAUGUUCCUCAGGCUCUACCUGAUCAGUCGCGUCAUGCUGCUGCACAGCAAGCUCUUCACAGACGCCUCGUCGCGCAGCAUCGGCGCAAUCAACAAGAUCAACUUCAACACGCGCUUCGUCAUGAAGACUCUCAUGACCAUCUGCCCCGGCACCGUGCUGCUGGUCUUCAGUGUCUCCUGUUGGAUCAUCGCCUCAUGGACAGUGCGCAUCUGUGAGAGAUAUCAUGACACACAGGAAGUGACCAGUAACUUCCUUGGGGCCAUGUGGCUCAUCUCUGUCACUUUUCUCUCCAUUGGUUAUGGAGACAUGGUCCCUCACACUUACUGUGGAAAGGGUGUCUGUCUGCUGACUGGAAUCAUGGGGGCCGGCUGCACUGCCAUGGUGGUUGCUGUAGUUGCGAGGAGGUCAGAGUUGACCAGAGCUGAAAAGCACGUUCACAACUUCAUGAUGGACUCUCAGCUAUACAAACGAGUGAAAAACACAGCUGCCAAUGUACUCAGGGAGACAUGGCUGAUCUACAAACACACAAAAUUAGUCAAGAAGAUUGAUCGCGCCAGGGUACGCAAACAUCAGCGGAAAUUCCUGCAAGCCAUUCACCAAUUGCGCAGAGUCAAAAUGGAACAGAGGAAACUCAUUGACCAGGCUAAUACACUUGUGGAUCUAGCCAAGACUCAGAACAUGAUGCAUGAUCUGGUGUCUGAUCUGCAGCGGUGCAGCAAGGAGCUGGAUAGGAGGAUCGGUAGUCUGGACGACAAACUGGACUCCAUCCUAGCCAGUCUGCAGACCCUACCCAGCCGGGUCUCCCAGGCCGUCACACAGCAGCACAGGGACUUUCUGGAUGGCUUGGCCCCCCGUGUUCAGACAGCCUCGAAGGGCUCCGAGGACAAUUGGGUUCCCGCCAGGCGCAAACGUUCCCCCUACACUGCACCACAGACCAUAUCUUACAGCUGACAGCCUGCCAGUGCCAUCUCCACUGUUGUGACCUCAAAUGAUGUACAGUACAUAGACUUGAAAUCACUGACCACUGUAAUAAUGGAACACUCGCCACACAAUAAUGUUUACAUAUUUUGCAUUACUCAUCUCAUAGGUAUACUGUAUCCUAUCCUACUCUACUGUAUCUUAGUCUAUGCCACUCUGACAUUGCUCGUUCAAAUAUUGAUAUAUUCGUAAUUCCAUUCCUUUACUUUAGAUUGUGUGUAUUUUUAGAUAUUACUGCACUAUUGGAGCUAAACACGUGUAUAUGACAUUCUUUUUAUUUGAUUUGGAUUACUUUGGAACAGACUUCCAAAAUGAAAGUCAAUUGAAGCUAAUUUUAUGGUGUUUUUAGUCUUUUGUCCAACAAUAAAUAUAUAAAUAAAAUAACCCUGCCCUAGAGCUACCUCAUCAUGAAUGUCAAAGAUCUCUUUUGGCACUUGUCAAUGGGGAAUGUGUUGGAAACAUACCAUGAUUCCAGUCAGCAGACAGACACCCUUUCCACAGUAAGUGUGAGGGACCAUGUCUCCAUAACCAAUGGAGAGAAAAGUGACAGAGA